AUGUGUUUCACCCACGUGAAAUACUCCUGCAACCACAACGAAAAGUGCGUCCUCAAAUGCCGCAAGCUCUGGUCCGCAAGGACUAGCUGGUGCUGCUACCCUGCCUUCCUGUUUACCUUCGGCUGGCCCAAUGAAGAGCCCUGCAGCGACUUCGUGGAGAGGAAAGCAUUCUUCUCUCCUAAGACCUGCCCAGAGUGUACCGAAGCAGAGCAGUCCGCUCCACAGACCAGGGGCAUCGUGCCGAGCAAGUACCGCCACAAGCUCACGCCCGAAGCGUUGAACACCUCGCGACAGCGAAUGAAGGAGAGGGAGAAGGAAGAUGCCGUCAAAGAGCGGUGGUACACACGGGAGGAAAACUUUCAGGAGACGUUGAGGAAGUGGGAGCAGGAGGAGCGGCUGAACCGGGACGUCGUCGCUGGGAGUACCGCCAAAACUGACAAAGCACUACCCGAUAUGCCGUCGUUCAUCCAUGUCCCGCUCGGUGAUCGCUGGGGUGACCCGAGCUACCACUACCCACCACACAUCGCCGAUGUGUAUGACGCCGCUCCCCUUACCCCGCCGAGAAACCGUGGCCGUUCGGGGUCGACCGGAAUCAGCAACCUGAGCAAAAGCACCAUGAUAGACACUGCGCGGAUCGUCACCGGCAUGGGGAGGAUCACUUUGCGAGCCCAGUCGAUGGCUUCCGGCAUGCGCAACAUCUCACAGCCCUGUCGGACAAUGUGGAUCAAAACCGGUACGCAGCACAUCAUGCAACAAUUCCGAACCCUGACCCCUACCUUCAUCUCGAAAAAGAGCCAGUACUCGCGCCGAAGCUGCCUAUCCCGGAGAGACGGGGGCACAGGAGGCCACAAGCCCUGGUCCACGAACGUGCUCGGCCUGGAGAGCCCAGUCGCCGAGGCACCGACCCUGCGCCUCCAGUGA